GCUGCGAGAGCUAAACUUGCAGACGACAGAAGGCGGACGACAAGUGUGCGGCUUGCGAUUUUAAAACGCGGCAUGUGUGAAAAUGUUCAUCGCGGUUUUGUUCUGUUUCCAUCCCCGUGAUCCUCUGCUUGUUUGCGAAAGUACCUGACUGAACGUAGGCGCGCGUUGUAAUCGUUUUUUUUUUUCCUACUAUCAGUGAGUUCGUGAUACCCCUUGUGCAUUGUUUGGAGGUGAACUUCUGGAGACAUGAGAAGCAGACGAUCCCUUGUACUGUGACGUCUACACCUAGGUAUAGAGAAAGUCACCGCAACAUAAGGGAAUCAUCGGCUUUGUGCUUAAACUUCUGCUUCUACAUCAGUGCCAAGUUCGGAAAAAAGAAUUUCUACGGGUCGACUACGUUAAGCACACAGCAGUCAGGACUCGUCAUGCCUAGCAUCGUGCUCUUCCGCCGGCGGUGGAUAAUCGCCAACGACGACCUAUACCUGCCGCCGCUAUUGGAAGCCAUCUGCAGGCUAGGAUGGCUGGUGGCAUCCGGCCUGCUCCUCUGGGAGCAUCGGCCCCUGUGGCUGUGCGGCGACUCCGAGUGGCUCGCGUUCGCAUACCAGCUCGGCGCACAGGUCUUCUGCCUGCUGGUCAUCGGCUCGGACCUCGCGCUCUGCGCCAUCAACAGCCGAGGAGGGAUUGUUGCGAGCAGCGCGCGGAGGGCCCAGGUUCCCGUGUUGUACGUGAGAAGCUUCAUGCUGCUCGCUGAGACGGUGUGGCACGCCCUGGGCACGGCCAAGGUCUUCUUCUACAGGGACUCCUGCGUACCGCUUGACCUCUGGCAGCAGUUAGAGACGCUGGUGAUCGUAGCCUGGUGCUUCCUGCUGGUGCUUCUGCUGUGCGUGUACGCUCUGUACGACCCGGCCGGAUCGCUGAAGCACAACCCGUUCCGGGAUCUCGGUGACGUCGAGGUCAGCCGCGACGUCAAAAGGCUCUUCCUGGAACCCUCGGACAAAGGGCACCGCCGACGAACACGCCUGUGGAUUGCCAGGCUGCGCCGGUUCUUCUGCUGUGCGAGCGACACGGAAGACAGCCCGGAGGCGUACGAGCACAUGGCCGAGAACAUGGCGCUUUUCUAUGAGGACGUGGACGUCACACCAUCGGACAUGUUCUCGGCACUGGUGCUCCUGCGGAAGAAGCAGCGCCGCCAGUUGGCACGCAUGGGCUCCACGUCCGAGGAGUCGCGAGAGGGCAUGAUGGUGCCCUACGGCUCCACCGACUAUUCUUCCUCCGCGCCGGUGGACAAGGCUCCGUGCAGCAAUGGUGUGCCACCGGGUGCAGCAGCGGCGACUCCGGCACCAGCGGCACCAUGCCCGGUGGCCGGCGUGACCUCUACAGGACCACAUGCGUGGAUGAACCCCGAGCAGGCGUUGUACUACCUGAAGUUCGCCUGGGGCAUCUACGGCUGGCCCGCGUACAUGGCCUCGCACGUCUUGACGGGUUUCUGCGACCUGUGGGCUGGAAUCAGGUGCUGCGCGUGCCUGCGCGGAAGCAGUGGCAACGUGUCGGGUGACAACUGUUGCGAGUGCCACGCGGCCACCGUCAAGCAUCUGACCCACGUGCGGCCCGAGGACCUGCUGUUCUCGUCGUUUUCCAACGGCCUGUACCGGGUACCCUUCUACGUGGCGCUAGACCACCGCACCAACGCCAUCUUGGUGGUGGCCCGGGGAACCCUGUCGGUGGCUGACGCGCUCACCGACUCCGUGACUGCGGCGGUCGAGAUGCCAGACGGUGUGGGUCUGUGCCACCAGGGAGUGCUGCAGAGCGCGCUACAUGUCCUGGGCCAGCUGGACGAACCCCUGGCGCAGGCCACGUCCCGCCACCCGAACUACACCCUGGUGCUGACGGGACACAGCCUAGGCGCGGCCGUCGCCUCGGUGCUCGGCAUCCUGCUCAGGCCGCGGUUCCCGAACCUACGCUGUUACGCUUUCUCGCCACCAGGAGGAAUCCUGGACGUGGAGAGGGCUCGUGAGACACGUGACUUCGUGAUGACCAUCGUUGUGGGUGACGACUUAGUGUGCCGGCUGGGGUUCCGCCAGGUGAAUAAGUUCAAACGAGAAGUGAUCAGCUGCCUGCUGCAAUGCGACAUGAACAAGAACGUCCUCAAUAGGCAUGGUCUUGAGGCGCUAUUCUGUUGCCGCCGGCUCACCCCUCCGCUGAAGAACAAGGAGGCCUUCGAGAAGAUCAACGCUCCCACGGGAAAGCUCGCCGAGUGUCUGAGGCCACGGGAGAAGUCUGGAGUCGAACCGGCGUCCCUCGAUGUCAUCCUGGACAAAGGCGUUCCCCCGAUCGAGUGGCCUGAGAUGCACAUGCCCGGGAAGAUCCUGCACUUCGUCAGGGAAAGGAAACGUGCAGAGUACCAGAUGUUUUGGACGUCGCCGGAGUACUUCGACCACAUCGUGAUCAGUCCGCGCUGCUUCAAGGACCAUAUGCCAGACGUGGUCUACGACGCGCUUCGAAGCGUCUGCACCGUCACGGCGCUCUGAUCAUCGUGAUGUGUUCGCUCGCGUCAAAUGACGAACAACAACAACAACAAAUAACGAACAAAUUGGACACCAUACGUGGUUCAGUGACGCUCGGACGUGUUGGCACCGGCAUACCCGCCAUGUCCAGUUGCGCGACGGGUGAAAACCGGCUGCGUUGGCAGACGACAACGUAAACUAUGUACUCGUCCAGCAGAAGUUGCUCACAACCAAAGAAGCGAAUGAGAGCUUGAACAUUCCGAGCGAUUCCAGUAUCCCCUCCUCCUCCGACCACCACCCUAUACGGUUUGUGCCAUCUGUGACGACCAGGGGUCGCUGCACAAUGUCUGCGAUCUUGUCAUUGUGUACGUGUAAUGGCUACGCUCCAUACGUGCCAGACGUCUUCGUCAGCUAUGAAGGACUGUUCCGAAGGGCCUGAAGUUACCUGCUUGAAGGAGUUAGUACUUUCGCUUGACUAUCCCGUGAUUCCGACAUCCCAGUUUGUCGAUCUUGACACGGAAGCGUACGUGGGAGCUGCAUCUUCGUGUAGCCAUAAUCAUCUCGAUGCACCUGAAGAAUAGAAGAUACUUUACGGUGAACAAGUAUGGAGCUUACGGGAACUACUUUCUUAUUUCAUUUUUUUCUAAGUUUUGCGCAAGAAGGACCAUGCGUCAAACGUGCCUCAUCAGCUAAUCGUCACUACAUCUCGUGCGACUGUAAAUAUAGAGGUAUAUAAUAUUGACUGCUGUCCGAUGUAUGACUGGACAGUCGCGUGUAGUUCAUGGACUUAUAGCGGAGCAACUGACUUUCGUGUGAUGUGGACAUGAAUUUCACGGAGCAUGAUCGUGCAUUGCGUCCUUCGAGCACAACUGCUGACUGCCACCCAAUAAACUGUUACUUAGUGCGAUAGCGGCCUUUCACUUUCUUUUCCUGUUUGUGUGUGUGGUUUUUUUUUUCUCACCAUUUUGCAAACAAGUCGUCCUGUAACCUUAAAAGUCAAAUUGGUUGACAGCAUAAUGGAGACUCGAAGUCAUCAGUAGCGGCCGAACAAGAGGAUCAUCACCCCACGGGGCCAACGUUUCGACGAAGAUACUUGUCACAGUGAACUCACAAGGGAAGCAUCAGCCUUGAUCUAACGUUUCGACAAGAGCAUUUGUCUUCGUCAGUUGAUGCCGUGAAGAAGACUAGUCCCCAUUGUCCAAACGCUGGCUCCAUGAGCUGAGGAUUCUCUGUAGCUCAGGUUACAGCUUUGCCGCCCACCCGUAUACACCCUAAAAGCAGUGAAGCUCUUUCAACUCCUUUUAUGAGGGAGUAACUGCUUUAGCCGGAGUACCACCCAUAUUUGACUCCGUCAUUUUAGAGUUCUCAUGAACGAGCAGCGCAAACGAUCUCCAUCGGAAGGUGAUACUGUCGAAAAUGGAGUUAAAUAUGAGUACUUGACCCUCGUAAAGGAGUUUUAAGCACAUAUCCUUUAUCCCCCCUCCCCACCCCCCUUAAGACCACCACACAGA